UUUCCGGCCAGUGCUUAUUUCCGGUCUUUCCGACGCUGACGCUCUCUUCCUGUCUUUGUGGCUCCGGAAAGGCAUUUGGGAUGUCCACGAUGAGGCUGCUGGCGUUUGUGGUGUUGACUCUAUUUGCUGUCACUCAAGCAGAGGAAGGAGCCAGGCUUUUGGCUUCCAAAUCACUGCUGAACAGAUAUGCCGUGGAGGGACGAGACCUGACCUUGCAGUACAACAUCUACAAUGUCGGCUCAAGUGCUGCAUUAGAUGUGGAACUAUCUGAUGAUUCCUUCCCUCCAGAAGACUUUGGCAUUGUGUCUGGAAUGCUCAAUGUCAAAUGGGACCGGAUUGCCCCGUAUCCUCUUGCUACUUGGUGAUGAAGGGUCGGGGGGCAGGGAUAGCCUUGCCUGCAAAGCAGCGGGGGUACUUCAAAUAGGCUGGAUAUAUGUGGCUGUCCUCCUGUCAUCUCUCUGGAUAAGAUGGAGCAAGAGAGGUUGGUGUAAAUUGUGCGAGCAUGAUUUAGAGUAGACAUGAAGAAGGAGCAUCCUGAAGUUCCGAUUAUAAGACCU